AUGACGGAAUUGGUGUCAUCCCUGGCUUUGGGGAGUGCGUGCGACUUGGCACGCAGUCGCAAACGGGGACAUGUGACACGCAGGUUGCACUUCAGAUUAUUGGCAGCUUCGAGCCUUUUAAGUGCUGCCAGCUUGACGGUGCUAGCGUUCCUGUCGCCAAGCUUGCCUUCCCAGGGCAGAACAGCUGCGCGGUUUUGUGGCCAACGACAAGUCCAGCCACAGCUGUCCACUCCUUUAGCCGCUGCUUCGACCCUCAGCUGGUCGACGCCCAGCAGCAGUUGGUCGGCUGAACGGCUCAGUCCCCGAGAAUGGCAGCGCAUGUAUCGAACGCUGGGUCUCUCCCAGGAUGCCACGAAGGCUCAGGUCUCAAAGGCAGCCUCACGAUUACGGAAGAAGUACUCCAAAGAUGAGGCGUCCCUGCAGCGUGUCGAAGCUGCGAACCUUUGGAUAAUGACAAGGAUUCUGUCAGAGAAGGAGGAAGCCCUGCGGGCCAAGCAGGCUGCAAAUCGUCUCCGAGAGCUUGGAGAUUCUCCGCGCAGGCUCUUCCACAAGUAUGUGGCUGGCUACGUGCCGCCUGGCGUGCGGCAGAUGAUCGAGCCGCCGACUACCAAACAUUUCCGAUGGGCGAGUGGCCUCUUGGGCGCAUUCGCACUUUUCGGCCUCUGCGUACCCACGCAGGCGACCAACUUCAUUGGCCUGGCCGCGGCGUCAGCCAUGGGCCUCGUUUACCAGCGCAAUCGCCCGGAACCGGUGAAAGACGACAUGGGCAACGUCGGCGCAGUGCAGAAGCCGAAUGUCAAGGAGAUGGGUGCAUCAAUCGCACUUGUAGUCAUCGGGGCGAUUCUCAGCGCUGGACUGUCCCUGAUCAUCUCCUUCUCCUUGCAGACGGACUUUCAGGCGUACUUCUGCACCACUACGUGCUUCGUGCUAUGGCUGAUUGCGCUCUUUUUCAAGGUCUACCAGUGCUUCGAUGCGUGA